AAAUCACACGAAGCUCACUCAGCUACUCUUCAGCUCUGGAUAGUUCUGCCAACUCUCUCGUGGCCUGAUAUCCUACCUAGAGUUUUGUUUUAUCCUUUGUUGUUGAUUUUUCUAUCAUUGGCUGCUUGUUUGUUGAGUAUAUGCUUCAUCUCUACGGUUGCCUAGUUCAGCCUCACACACAAGAGUCAUCUUAUAGAGGACAACCCUGGCAAUGAUUAAUAUCCAGCUAUCAUAUCCCUAGACGGUGUCUCUAUUGAGACUUUCUAGCAGUAUUUAUAUUUAUUUUUCAUCGAUUGAUUCCGAUUGAUACCGAUUUUGGCAAAAUGCAAUUACUUUCUCCGCCGAACGAGGAGUCACACUAUCCUGCCACCGAAACUACCCCUAAAACUACUGCUGAUACGACGGUCGAUAAUCACGGCGUAGACUGGGUUAUCCUCUACGAGUUUACAGACACUGACGAGGAAACUGCCAUUGAAGAGUACCGUAGUCUUAUACAAACUCUAGACGCGGUGGGACUGCGGACCGAGGUCAGACAUGGCAACGGCUCGUCACUGUUGAUCUUCAUCAAAGCUCCAAACGAUCUUGUCGGGAAUUGGAUUUACAUGUCAAGAGUGCGUGACUGGCUCUAUGGUAUCACGCAAAUCCGUCCAGCCGGCGACAGCCAGGCUUCCAUUGAAGGUGAAACUGAAGCCGAAGACCUUCGGUCCAUCUAUCACCUUGUCACCUGGCAGAAAAAGGACGGUGGUGCUGGCAUCACACCCAACUGGGGCAAAUGGGAGAAUAUCAAGGCAUCAUUCCCUCUGCACAACCAGGCUGCGAACCAGGAACUGCUACGGCGGUGGAGCAGAACUACGUUCCUUACAAGCCAGGAUUUAGACGCCAUCCGAGCUUUGUUUGGUGAAAAGGUCGCUUUUUACUUUGCUUUCACCCAGUCGUACUCCGCCUUCCUGACAUUUCCGGCGGUGUUUGGUGUGCUGUGUUGGAUGUAUUACGGGUCCUACUCUAUUGUCUUCGGUCUUGUGAACUGCAUUUGGAGCGUCGUCUUUGUAGAGUACUGGAAAUUGAAAGAGACUGACUUAAGUAUCCGAUGGGGCGUCAAAAGCGUCGGGGCAUUAAAGGCUACUCGAAUGGAGUAUGUCUGGGAUAAGGAAGUCACCGACCCACUGACUGGAGAAGUACGAAAGGUCUUUUCAACGAGAAAGCAAGUCCUCCGUCAAAUGCUCCAGAUUCCAUUUGGGAUCAUGGCUGGGAUUGUGCUUGGGGUUCUGGUGGUUGCUACGUUUGCUAUGGAAGUUUUCAUUUCAGAGGUAUAUCAGGGACCAUUUAAGACAUAUUUGGAUUUUCUUCCUACAAUUGUGUUUUCCCUGGCUUUGCCAACUAUCAACUCGAAACUUACAAGUGUUGCUACUCGAUUAUCUAAAUUUGAGAACCAUCGUACUGAGGAUGAUUACGAAAGAUCUCAGACUCAGAAGACGUUCGUCCUCAACUUCAUCACAGCAUUUCUUCCGAUUAUUUUGACGGCUUUUGUGUAUGUCCCUUUUGGUGCGCAACUCGUACCUUAUCUGGACCUCUUUCGACUUGGCGUUGUCCAUUCUGUGUCGUCCGUCUUUCGGAUAAACAUUCAAAGCCUAGGAAAAGAAUGGGCUAACUUGGACAAUUUUGCGGUCGAUCCGGCUCGUUUGCGACAAGAAGUUAUCUCUCUUACCCUCACCGCUCAGGUACUAAGUUUCGGCGAGGAAAUGGUCAUACCAUACGUCAAGCGGGUUCUACUGCACAAGUAUCGAGACUGGCAAACCCAAAAAACCACACAACAAGCAAAUCGCACCCGCGCCUACUCUCAGGCUACUCACACUUUACUGGUCGAUCACCAAGAUGAAGGGCCAUUCCUAACCCGCAUCCGUAACGAGGCGGAAGCCGACGUUUACAAUGUCCAAGACGAUAUCUUGGAAAUGUGUAUUCAAUUCGGAUACCUAACAUUAUUCGCAGUUGCAUGGCCGCUCGUUCCUUUAGGCUUCUGGCUAAACAACUGGCUUGAACUCCGCGGUGAUCUUUUCAAAAUCAGCACCGAAUGCCAAAGACCUAUCCCCAUCCGCGCCGAUUCAAUCGGACCCUGGUUGGACAUCCUCAGCGUUUUGAGUCUGCUAGGAACGCUGUCUAGUGCAGCCAUCGUCCAUCUGUACCGAAACGGAGAUAUAGGCAUUAUUGACCUCUGGUCACUCCCCUUAACCCUCCUAAUCACCGAGCAAGCCUACCUCGCCAUUCAGUACAUCGUAAGAACAUCCCUCGAGAAAAUCGGAUCAGACGCAGUCCGCCGCGAGGAAGCGCGCAAAUAUAUCCUCCGCAAAAAAUACCUCGAAACCUUUUCCGAAGAAACCUUCCAAAUGCUGUCUACCCAACGACUAACCCCUUCAAGACCAUCAUCAUCCACCAACACCACCGCCGCCACCGAACACCCUCCCCAGCACAUGUCCUCAUCCUCGGCAACACUCUCCGUAACGCGGUCUCCCUCCACAAAACGCCUACACGUCCGUGAAAACAGCAAUAUCCAACGCAUCACUGGCGACGAGCUCGACGUUGAGGACCACCCUGAUCUCUCUUUCAAAGGCGGUCUGAGCCGGACAGACAGCGGCUCGUUAUCAGACCAAUACCGAUCGAUGCGGUUCUGGUCCUGGCACAAGACGUCGCAGGAGACCAUAGAAUCGGGCAUGAAACUGAUCAAGGUAAUGUCGAAUCUUCAGAGAUCGAAGGCGUGGCAGACUAGGCAGACUAGUAAGCCGAUGAAAAAUGAUUGAUAGUACAUAGUAUAUAUCUCAGAAAUGUUGAAUUCUGCAUAUGAUAUAGAUAUCUUUUGUCCCUUUUUUUUGUUCAAUUUUAUACCUACUUAUAUAAAUGAGACGUGCGCCGCUUAUGCUCUGCCUGGUUCACGAAUCGAUCUCUGAAGGGUUCCCACGGGCCUCAUUUAACUGCUGCAUUAGUCUUGAUGGCAGGUAGUUUACCAACUCAGAAAGCCAGUAUGUUACCCUGAUUUAUUCAAUGUCACUCAUGCUCUUUCACAAAGAUCUUAC